AUGUCCAUCAUACCCAACGAUCUUGGGCUAGUACCAGUUGAAUCCAAGGGCGAGGGCGCGGACCCCGAGGGCGAGGGCGCGGACCCCGAGGUGACAUGGGAGGACCAGCAGAACAUCAACAAGUUUGGGCGGCUCAACAACCGGCUGCACGAGCUGGACGACGAGAUCAAAGCCAAGAAGGACUACCUGGAGAACCUAGAGGAUGCGAGUAACGAGCUGAUCCUAUGCGAUGACGACACGAGAACAUCGAAGACGCCAAGUAACGAGUUAAUCCUGUGUGACGAUGACACGGUGCGGUACAUGGCGGGGGAGGUGUUCCUGCACACAGACAAGGACGACGUGGAGGGGCAGCUGGAGGCGCUGAGGGAGAAGACGAGUGGCGAGGUGGAGGCACUGGAGGGGGAGAAGAGCAGCCUGGUGGCGCAGAUGGGCGCGCUCAAGGUGGUGCUGUAUGGGAAGUUCAAAGAUGCCAUCAAUCUGGAGGAGGAUUGA